UUAAGCUGCUAACCGACGAGCUCUUUAUCAUUCGCAGCGACUAUUUUUCUUCAUUUUGCUUCGUUUUCACUGGAUACACGCUUAGGAAUAAUGAAUGUAUUUAUUUGUUUGGAUAAUAAUAGGUAAUUUACCUUCUUAUACGGCGAAAUAGCCAGGCGUUCGUUUGGAAAACGUUUUACCGGCUGUGCGUCCAUACUUUAGUGUAAAUGUUUGUUUAUUUUUUGGUUAAAUACCGACUAGUCUUUGUUACCGAUUUGUUUUGUUUUUGUAAAUACAAUAUAAAUCAAUAUUAAUGAUUGAAUCUGUUUCAUAAACAUUUAACAGGUUAAAGUUUUACUUUAUUUUAUGGAGGAGCUAACAGGCUAACUGCAUCUUUGCUAACGACUAAAAAAACAAGUGGCGUUUAAAUAAUAAAAAAGGCGAAGUUUAUUGGUGGCGUUUGGUUUCCUUAUUUGUCUAAUAUGAUUAAGAGUUAUUAAAACACAGCAUGGAUGCGCUGACUGCUUUUAAAGCACCACCUCGUCGAGAGAGGUAAAAAAAAAAAAAAGAAGAAAGAAAGAAAAUAGGAAGAAAGGGGGGAAAAGACUAUAAGGCGUUGUUGCGCUCUGAGACUCUGGCCUUCAGCAUCAGUGUAACUCUGACCGAGUCACCAUGCAGGCGGUUAGUGCUCACACACACUUAUACACACACUUGUACAGGUUUAACACAAGCUGUUGGUAGAGCCGGAAUCGCAGAAAGCUUCUAAGGGAAGCUCGCGCCUUAAUUUUUCUUUUAAACCAGGGACAAUUUGGACAGUAAAGCCAGCUGUUGUUAAAGUGAGAGUGUGUGUGAGAGAGAUGGACGCGGUGGAUCCUCCUCUGGGUCUGGAGUCGGACUUCAGUGUCCGGGAUCAUAGACUACUGAGUGACUCGGACAGAACUUCCGCUCAGAAUGGACGCAGUGAGGACGCGUGGAGAUCAGUGUGUGUGUCUCUGUACGGAGGAGCUCCGUGGGGGUUCACCCUGAGAGGAGGACGAGAACACCGGGAGCCGCUCAUCAUCACCAAGGUUGAAGAAGGCAGCAAGGCGGCAGCGGUGAGACUCCAGGUAGGAGACGAGCUCGUAAACAUCAACGACUUUCCCCUGAGCGGCUACAGACAGGAGGCCAUCUGCUUAGUCAAGGGCUCCCACAAGACUCUCACUCUGGUGGUGAAAAGGAAAAAUGAACCCAUAAGCAGGCCUCACUCCUGGCAUUCCACCAAAUUCAAUGAGAACCAAUCAGACACUGCCAAAACACAGUCCACACCCUCACCAGUCUGGCAAACAAGAUAUGAUGCAAGUUCAUUCUCCUCCGACCUCACUACUGGUUGGGACCAGCCUAAUUUGCGCAGGGUAUCAGACCAGUUCAGCUCCUUGGGCAGUAUGGAUAGUUUAGAACACGGCUCGUACCCAUAUCCACCCGGACGCCUGUCUCCAAGCAAAUCUAACGGCAACAGUGUUGAACAUUUAGUGGGUGGAAAGAGAGAUUCUGCCUAUAGCUCCUUUUCAACCAGCUCAGGGACGCCUGAUUAUACACUGUCUAGAAGCAACGCAGCCUCUACAGAGAACAUGCUGUAUAAAGUUAACCAGUGGGACACAGGAAGUCGUCCUAGUAAUGGCAGACAUAGUCAAAGCCAAAGUGAAGCGGUCAGACAGGAUGACAGGACCAGUUAUCUUCAGCCACCCUCGGUAAGCAGUGGCCGAGAAAGCCCAAGAAUAGAGGAGCAGCCAGGCUACCGCCAUUCUGCUUCGGGAAGGUCCAGCAUUGCACCCGUUUGGCAUGUGCCAGAUAUCAAGAAGACCAUGGCCCCAUCACCCCCACCGCCUGCACCACCAACACGUAGUGAUAGUUAUGCUGCAACCAAGAUUCAUGAAAAGGGUCUGGUCUCCAGCUACCCUGAGAAUCCUGGGAUGCAUGCCCCAUCCAAGAUCCAGGCCAAAGGAUUAAAGAUGGCAACAGAGAUGUCUGAAAAUAAUCAAAGGAUUUACCAUGCAACCGAGUCGCUCCUCGAAACGUCUCAAAACUACAACCCACAACUUAAAAGUGGCACGGUCAAUCCAUAUGACAGCUAUAGUCAACAAGUUCCGCUUCCAAACCCGAACAAGAAAUGCUCACCAUCCAGCGCUGAACCGUCCUACAUUCGCGUGGCCUACCACCAACGUCAGUACAGUGAUGGAAGCCCUUUUUAUGCACCGCCUAAAACCCCAGCUACAGGAAAGUCUCAGAGUUGUUAUAGCAGCAUGCAAGAGUUAUCUAACAACCAUGCUCCGAGCUAUAUCCAGAACCAGAACAGAAGGCAUGUUUCAUCGCAGUCCAGCACUGCUAUUGACCAAAACCCAGACAGUCAAAGCUCCAACAGUUAUUAUUGUGUCACAUCUCGACAAACCUCUCAGGGAGCAGCCCAGGCCUCUUUAUUGCGGGUGGAUGACAGGAAUGCUAAUUCUUUGAGUGAAUUCGCCCAAAGUGAAGGUGAUAGAACUUCCAUAAGCUCUCAAGGACAGCUCAAGGACAGGUUCAGUACAUCCCAGGUACUUCACAACCCAAAAAACAAAGACAGCUAUUACAGACAAGUUGACAGUCAGCAACGGGUGUUCACACCAGUUAAAAGGUCUUCUUUUGAUGAAGCAAUAACUAAACCAUCAGAGCAUGAGGUCAGAGGACAAACCACUAUAACAAACUCGGAUGGCCAUUUCAUCAAGCACUUGGAGCAGGGAAUGGUCUCAGACUCUUACAGAUUAGGAGAGUCCCAUAAAGAAAAUUUACUGUCUACAAAUGAGACCACAGUAAGCCCCCAGAGAACCCCAAUGCUGCACUCUCUAUCACAUGAGAGUAGUAGAUUGGUUGAACUACAGAGUGAAAUGGGUAGUGGUGAAGGACAACAGGAAUUUGUAGAUUCCCUGAAUUGCAAGCAGGCUCGGCGUAGCGAUCGUUUCGCCACAACAUUGCGAAAUGAAAUUCAGAUGAGGAGAGCUCAGCUUCAGAAAAGUCGAAGCGCAGCAGUCUUGAGUGGGCCGGCUGAUCGUGAAGAAGAGCCUUCAGUUUGGAAGUCCGCAGAUACAUCUUCACCUUCAUCUGAUGGUUCCUUCACUAGUGCCUAUAAAGACCAUCUGAAGGAGGCCCAAGCUCGCGUCCUUAAAGCGACUUCAUUCAGGAGGCGGGACUUGGAGCCAGUGCUCAUGGAACACCCAGGAGCUGAAGUGCUAUCCUCUUUUAACAAGGAUACACCAUCUCUGCCAAGUGUCUCUGAGCUCCCAUCUAGUAAGCCUGCUUCGGGUACAAACCACGUGUCCCGUAUAUGCGGCCGAAAACGGUUUCCAGUAGAGAAAAAAGUAAGAUCAUUCUCUGAGCCUGAAAAAAUUAAUGAGCUGGGUGUUGCUGAGGAAAUAACCCCACAAGAUAAUGACGUAUCGAUAGUCAACAGGCGUAAAGUCUUUGAGGCAGCGGGAAAACCUGCUUACAGUAAACCCAUGCUGAAACAAAACCUUCACAUAUCUGAAGACUCCCGAUUGGACAAGCCUGGAGAAUUGUCUGAGUCUGGACAAAGUGAGAGCGCCAAGAACGAUGGUGAUAGUAAGACAUCAGAUAGUGGUCCAAAUUCCUCGCAGAGACUGGGCACAUUUGCAGAGUAUGAGGCCACAUGGAACACACAGAGAAAAGUGGAUCCAAGGACAUCUGGAAGGUACCAUUCAGCUGAUAACAUUCUUGAUCCCGGAGCAGAUGAGCGACGUAAGCCCUCCUAUUUCCAUGAAAGGUCACGCUCCUCUCCCUCAGAGGACUUCUAUGGUCAGAACAUCCCAGUGCAAGGAAGAAAGUCAGCGGAGUGCUGUCGACCUGAGAGAAAUCUCUCUGAUCAUGACAACUCCACAUCAAGGUUAAGUGACCAAGCAUAUAAGGAUUUAUUGCCCAAGGCAAAUCAGGAACCAGCAUCACAUUUGACAGAAGGAGAGUCAGAGAGAAACUUCUCAGGUCCACCAUCCACUCAUAAAUCUCCUGCCAGCCCUGCUGGUCCUUCUCAACAUUUUACUGAUCGUAGCAUCCUCACCGAUCCCUCCUCCAAUGCAAUUACUGAAGGCUCAAUUUCUGAGAGACCUAUUCUGACACGCCUGGACAAAUACAAAUGCUCCGAAGCCGCCGCUCCUCUUUUCACCUCACAGGGCGGAAACCGUGUCUCUCAUUCUCCCGUUAGGGCCACCGUUUCUGAGGACUCCCAAGUUCACACCCCAGUAUCCUGGAAGGACGCAGAGCAUAGCAAGGGCCCCAAAGGAGAGGAGGAGACUCAACCAGAGACCAUACCCCUUUCUCCUCCUCCACCUCCUCCUCCUCCUGAACCUCCUGCCCACCUAACUCCACCCAGCAUGGAAGGGCAGCGUUCACCAUCACCUCACUUCGCUCCCCAGAGGCUGACAGAUAAGCCCCCAGUUUCUGUCUCUCAGCAGGAUGAAGCCACAGGAAGGAUGGACAAGGUGAUUGAUGACAGCAGCACAGUGAAAAAAGUGCCCAUCAAGAUUGUUCAUUCUGAAAGCAUUACGGAGAAAGAAAAUCGACAGUACCUUCACCCAAGCCCCGAGGCGCCUCACAGCUCACAGCCCACAGUCUUGUCUCUGGCCUGUCUGGGAUCUGUCGAAGAAUCAUCCUCUCCAUUUUGCACAUACACACGUCAAAGAGAGCAGGAAAAUGAAGCUAUGGGCCCUCAGAAGGAGCAGGAGCUUUGUGCUAAUGUCUCAGGACCUCAGGAGCCCCCAAAAGACCCCUGUGUGGAUCAGCGCACUAACGGAGUCUCCGCAGGCAGCCAUAGUGCAUCCUUACACUCUGAGGAAGACGAGAAGAGAAAGGUCUUGGCCAGGGACAUCAUGGACAAAGAUAAGUCCUUGGCAGACAUUUUAGACCCGAGUAAGAGAAGGACCACGAUGGACCUGAUGGAAGGGAUUUUCCCAGAAGGAGAGCAGCUGGUUGAGGAGGCUCACCAACGCAGGAGAGCUGGACCCAAACUGACUUCCUCUCGCAGCUCUGAGGAGAGGAGGGAGGAGGACAGCAUGGCGGCAGCCGCUGCAGCAGCUGCUGCUCUGGUAACCAGCUCGGCUUAUUACAGCACGUCCGCUCCCAAAGCAGAGCUGCUCAUUAAAAUGAAGGACAUGCAAGAGCAGAGUGAAGAGGUCGAAUCAGAAGAUGAGCUGGAGGCGGAAAACGACACUGAGCUCGCCAACAAAAAGCAAGAGCUGAUCGAGAGCCUGAGCAAGAAGCUGCAGGUGCUGCGGGAGGCACGAGAGAGUCUGCAGGAGGACAUUCAGGACAACAACGCUCUGGGUGAGGAGGUAGAGACCACCGUGCAGGCCGUCUGCAAACCCAACGAGCUGGAGAAAUUCCGCAUGUUUGUCGGGGACCUGGACAAAGUGGUCAGCCUGCUGCUGUCCCUGUCUGGGCGUCUGGCACGUGUAGAGAACGCCCUUAACAGCCUGGAGGAGGAUGCACCGCUCGAGGAGAGGCGCACGUUGAUGGAUAAACGCAAGCUGUUGAUCCGUCAGCACGAGGACGCCAAGGAGCUAAAGGACAACCUGGACCGACGUGAACGCGUCGUCUACGACAUCCUGGCCAGCCACCUGCAGGAGGAGAACCUGGCCGAUUACGAGCACUUCGUCAAGAUGAAGUCGGCCCUCAUCAUCGAGCAGCGCAAACUGGAGGAUAAGAUCAAGCUCGGCGAGGAGCAGCUCAAGUGUCUUAUGGACAGUUUGCCUCUGGAUCAGAGGUCACACUACUGAGACAAGUGGACUUUACAGUGUAAAGUGAUAGUGUGUCCAGAUUUCAAAGUCAGAACAGAUUUAUUUGGACUCUGGCAUUGCUGAGACCCUGACGCUGCCAGUGUUUUUGCUCUUGCUCAGAGCCAUACCACUGUUUUUUUUAUGUUUUAGAACCACACCCAACUUUGGGGCUGCAUCGUUAUCACUUAAUACUGUGUGAUUAUUCUGAUUAUUGUGAUAUAAACUAUUCUGUACUGAAUGAAAUGAAAAUUUCAAAGCGCUUAUCGUAACUUAAGACCCUGAAACCGUUUAUCUCAUGUGUUACCCCAGCUUUGUCCCAGUUACUCUUUCAGUAUCCAAUGUUUCUGUAAUUAUGCGUUUUGACCACUAGUGGGCAGUGGAAGAUGGUUACAUUUCCCUUGACGACAUGGUACAAACCACUUUCUACUCAUCCUUUACACUAGCAUACACAUAGAAGACACUAACAUGACAAUUCACUGCGUAUAUUCUUAAAUCUUCUUCAAUAUAUAUAUAUAUAUAUAUAUAAAAAAAAAAAAAAAAACAUAAUUUUGUCUGUCAAUGCUGAAAUGCUGAUGUGAAAUGCUGGUUUUUGAUAAUGGUGCAUAAUUUCAUGUCAUCAGUCCUUGCUCUUGUCACAUCUAAAACAAUUUCAUAUUGUUUUUAGUAAUUUAUUGUAGACUUUUAAAUCUGUAAAUAAGACUAGAAUAUGUUAGUAUUUACCCUUUCACUUACUUGAUCUUAGACAGAAAACAUUCCUUUUAGAUUUUAUGCGUUUUUAUAAAGAAAUAGAAAUAUGCAGUAAAGUAUAAUGUUUGGAUUUAGAGCCACGUCAAUGCCUGCUUUUUGUAAUGUGCUUGAGGGACUACCUGAGAAUUACAAUUUUCUCUCCGAGAAUUAAGUGCAUGUCUAUAAAUUACUGAAUGCCUUUUGCUCUA